AGGGCUGCCGGGGUCAUUUCAGUCCAGCCGCCGCAUAUAGUUGUCACAGGUCAUAUCGGUACUAGAAAGUGAGACCAGAAUGGCGGGACGUCUUCUUCUCCGAGCUAGUGUAACAACAACACUGCAGCUGAGGAGCAAUGUGGUGGUCAGACCUCUACACCGUGCCAUGGCCACCGUGAGAGGAGUGCCAACAGAUGAUGAACAGGCCACUGGACUGGAGCGACGCGCCCUGCAGGCCUUCAAAAAGGGACAGGAUCCCUACAGUAUUCUGAAGCCCAAGACGUAUGCCGGCACCAAAGAGGACCCUCACAUUGUGCCAUGCAUUGGAACCAAGAGGCUUGUUGGCUGUCUUUGCGAGGAAGACAACACUGCUAUUGUGUGGUUCUGGCUUCAUGAGGGAGAUUGCCAACGCUGUCCUUCCUGUGGUUCCCACUAUAAGCUGGUCCACCAUGAGCUGCCCCACUGAAAUGAAAAUAAGCACAAGCUCUGUACAGACGGGACAGCACAGAGAUCCAUGCCUUCUUUAUGGCCAUAUACUGCAAUGUGUGCAUAUCAGUUAUCAUUAAAAUGUAUAUCUGAACUGAACUGUCUUUAUAGAGAGUUCAAUUAUUUAAGCUAGACUGGGCUACUUUUAGUGGUAGGACACUCACAUGUCAUUUACUGACAUGCUUGAAUUUCAGUAAUCAUGUUUGCAUGCCAUAACAGAGUAAAACUGUGACUUGGGACUAUGAGCUGUUCCUUGCUUGACAUACAUAAAUACUACACAGACAUUAAUGAGGGCUGUCUUGCCAUGUUUUAUAGGACCAGUGUGCAGGAUUUAGGGGGAUCUAUUAGCAGAAAUGGAAUAUUGAAAAUUCAGAAUUGUGUUUUCUACACUACAGGAGCUGAUUUUGAGCCACAACCCCCCCCCCCAGUUUCUUAACGGUUCUAAUGAUCAUCUUGUAAGAUUUACCUGUGGUGCACGGAGUGUUUUUUGAGUCCCCCCAUCUGCUUGGAAGUUCAUCCUGGCUGUACUGAUUUCAAAUCACAAAUAUUAAACAUGUUCAUUACCAAGGAUCACAGGUGGUCCCGUGA